AUGUCCGUUGGACAUGAGCAUAUUGACCUAGGGGAAUGUAAGGAACGUGGCAUACGGAUCGGCUACACGCCAGACACUUAAACCGAUGCAACGGCAGAGCUAACUUUGGCUUUGCUGUUGACAACCUGCCGACGACUAUUUGAAGCAAACAAACAGGUGUACAACAGCGGCUGGUAAUCAUGGUCACCGAUGUGGAUGUUUGGACAGGGAUUAAAAAAUUGUAAUGUUUAAAAAAUUGUAAUGUUGGUCUCUUUGGUUUCGGUAAAAAAAGAGAUAGCGGCGCGUAUAAAGUCUUUCAAACCAGCGCAGAUAACUUACACAACCCGGACGGAGCGAGCAAAAGAGGCUGCACUUGUUAAUGCCUGCAGGGUCGAUUUUGACCAAAUAUUGAGUUCUUCGGAUUUUAUUAUAGUCUGCUGCGCCUUGACUUCUGAAACGAAGAAGAUCUUUAAUGCAGCUGCAUUUGAGAAAAUGAAGCCAAACUGCAUUUUUAUCAGCAGAUCUCGUGGUGGUGUAGUUGAUCAAACAGAGCUUUUCAACGCGCUUCAUUCUAAGAAAAUUUUAGCUGCUGGCUUGGAUGUCACUACUCCAGAGCCAUUACCACAGGAUCAUCCGUUGCUAAAGUUAAAAAAUGUUGUAAUGUUACCGCAUAUUGAUAGCGCAGAUAUUGAAACGCGUAAAGAAAUG